AAUGGGAUGAGGUUUUGCAUGUCUUCACAUGUUUGUCAUGAAUUUCUUAGAAAAUUCUCAUCAUGCGUUACUCCAACAGUCUUGGUUUUAUUAAGCAGAAGUGGACUUUGUCAAGUCAGAAGGUUACAUUCAUGUGGCACCUUUGAGACAAUCUGAAACUGUGACCACAAACCAUGACAGUUCAGAUAAGGGAUAAAAAGUCAGCCUUUUUACUGGGAUCACAAAAACAAAUGAUUCUUUUUUUCAAGGUUUCCAGUAUUAUAGUUUCACAAUCUCAACGGAAGUAUAAUAAGGUGUGAGAUUUGAUAUCUUAAUUCUCAGUCAAACCCCAUUUCUUUCUUUCUUGCCGUUAUGAUAUCAGCAUUGAACUUGACCACACACCCAAUCGUCAUGCAUGAUCACAUGUUCAGUUCCACAGGAUGAAUGCUAUAAAACCUGCAUAGGAAAAGAGCAAAUCAGUACUGAACAGCAUAAAAACAGGUGGAAGACUUUAAGGAGCUGCUGAUACUGUAAACAGAGCACAGAUAUUUGCUUUCUUGAAACUCUAACUUAAUUAUAUCCGGGUCUGAGAGUCAAAGUGCAGUUAGUGAGCGAGUUUUCAGAAUGGAAGCGCUGACCGGGAUUCUUCUCCUCUGCUUGGCUGUUGGAGUUUAUAUUGUUUGUUCUCUGUACCUGCUACAAAAUCCAUGUAUCCUUCAUAAGAAGAAACAGCUGGGAUUCCACUGCAGACACAUUUCACACAGAGGAGGGUCUGGAGAGAAGAUAGAAAACACAAUGGAAGCAUUUAAACAUGCUGUCGAUGUGGGCACUGAGAUGUUGGAGAUGGAUGUUUACCUCACACUGGAUGGCUGUGUUGUGGUUUCACAUGAUAAUAACCUUUUGAGAGAAACAGGAUAUGACAAAACAAUAUCGUCUCUUAGAUUCCAGGAUUUGCCUCUCUAUAAAGAGCGACUUGAGGUCACAUUUUAUGUUGGACACUACAGUACAGGGAAGGACAGGAAGUUUGUGUUGCUGGAAGAUGUCUUCAAGGAAUUUCCCAAACUGCCAAUGUUGCUUGAGAUCAAAGAAAACAAUGACUUGCUCAUUCAAAAGGUCUCUUGUCUUGUGAAGGAAUAUCGCAGAGAAAGUAUUACAGUUUGGGCUUCUGAAGAGUCUGCUGUUAUGGCAAAAUGUCAGAAGCAGAACCCAUCCAUACCCUAUAUGUUCACUAUGAGGCGUGGAAUACUGCUUUUAUUCCUCUUCUAUACUGGGCUCCUUCCCUUUUUCCCUCUGGGUGAAAGUAUGCUGCUGUUCUACCUGCUCAGGAUUAUCAACAGGACUUAUAUUCCAGAGGAAUCCUAUCUGAAGAACAGAUUUGUUGUGUGUCUUCUUCAGAAGUAAGUGACAUUCAUCUAACAAAGAGCUGUCAAAUAGUUUUUCACCCAGUCUUGUGAUGUGUGAUUGUGUUUAUCGAUGCUUUCCCUAGGUUGUUUAUGCGAAAAUCUUUGUUUAAACACUUGGUCAAGAGGGGCAUGCAGGUGAAUAUGUUUUCUCAGUUGUGUAAAGCUAAAAACGGGUCCAAGCCAAAGCAAAAUCAUUUAUUUCAUCUCAUUUUUGGCAUCUCAGGUGCAGCUGUUUGUGUGCAAUGAAGAGAGCGAUAUGGAAGCUGCAUUUGCAGUCGGAGCUACAGGCGUUAUGAGCGAC